GGUUCUGUUGGUGGGAGGUUGAUGGUUGGGUUAGCAAAGAUAGCAAAGAGGAACGUAAGUUUUUUAGUGCCUAGUUUCUGGGGGAGACCAUUUUGAGUCGACCAUGGCGACGGACGGUGGUAGCCGCGGGGAGCGUGUUUCUAACCAGCAUAAGCCCAGUCUCGCUUCUCCUGAAAACGUCCGUGCACUUCUUAAUGAGGGGGUAUCUGCAGUAGACGUCGACUGCAACAGCAGACGAGGAGAUUUAAGCGUUCUGGAAGUAAAAAGCAACACAACGGCACCCUGUGAGGCUACGAACAAUGAAGCUUUUUUCUCCAGAGUGGAAUCAUAUUCAUGUAUGAAAUGGGCAGCCAAGCCACGCAUUCUGUCUCCUCUGAUGUGUGCCAGAUAUGGUUGGAUCAACAUUGGCUGCGAUAUGCUAAAGUGCUCCAGCUGCCAGGCUUUCCUUUGUGCAUCCCUGCACCCAACGCUAGACUUUGAAAAAUAUAACACUCGAGUUGCAGAAAUAUCAAGGCAGCUUCAGACGCAGCAUGAAAAAUAUUGUCCUUGGCCUGACUUUCCUUGUCCAGAGCGGUUCUGGUUGGUUCCAGCUUCGGAACCAUCAAAGCUUCUUACUGCCCUUCUGCAGCGCUUCCAGAGCACAUGCAUCCUGGCACAGCAGCUGCCAGCUAUUAGUCCGGAGCUGCUGAAGUCCAUGUCUCUGACAGAGGACGUUAUCAGCACUGUGCUGCAGUUGAUUGAGCAAGAACAGAAAACAAAGGGAGGGACUCCAUGCUCUGAAUCUUUGGCUGUGCAGGUGUCUGCAUGCAUUGUGUCUCUCUGUGGCUGGGGAGCAAACCCAACUCUGCAUGCAACGAGCCUACCAACGCUCUCCUGCUCCUACUGUAUGCGGAAGGUGGGCUUGUGGAACUUCCAUCAGAUAGAGGGGCUUGGAGGCGACACAGAGGCCCUAUCAAACACUGCAGGGCCCUCUGGUCCCACAGCAGGGCCUGCAUCAGCAGCUACCGAUGGAGAUGUUUUUGGAUCAGCCUCACCCACUCCAGCUCCAACAACUCCCUGUCGCAUGAAGCUUAGGAGCCAGGACUCUACCCGCAGUGACCAGGAUGAAGGCACCUCCUCUCCAGUGGCCUCGCGUGCCCGAAGCAGAGAUUCUCCUAGUCCAAGUGAAGAGCUGCCGAGUCCUCUAGCCAGAGGCAAGAGACCUGCAACUCGUAGUCGAGGACAGGGAUUUGGCUCAGGGACUGAUGGCACUGCCAGUCUACACCCUCCGAAACGCCUGUGUCUCUCAUCGGCUGGUGGUCCAGGUGGUCCUCUUCCCAAGAAAGCAUUUGACCCCCUCGCUCAGCACAGAGACUGGUGUCCCUGGAUCUGUGAGGGGAAGGAGAACGUGGAUCCAGGGGUAUCGUUAUCUUUGGUUACAACUUCAGCAGUUAAUCAGCAGGGCUGGAAAGCUGCUCUUGACCUCCUCAUGCCCAUUAAGAACAACUCAAAUGCACAAGGUGGCACCCAAGCCCAGGGCCCUCGUGACAAAUCUAAAAGAGUGUUUGCUAUACUGCGUCAGUGGCAGGUGUCUUCCUCGUCUCAAUAGACAAUUUAGAUCUAAAGGUUGUUGACCUCCCUUGUUUUUAACUUGUAAGUUACAACGAGAUCCAUCUCAGCAUAAAAGGAGUGUUGUAUAUUAUUAAUGUAUGUCACUCUGUAUUGUUUUUCAUAUUGGAUAUGGAUAUUUUCUGUGUAAACAGUCAAAAAUGGGAAGGAUUCCUUUUGGUGUUACAAACAUUUCACUUAUGCUAAGUUUACAGUGCCUUGCUAUGUAUCCAUACACCUUUUGCAUUUUGUGACAUUACAUCCACACAUUUUGUUGUAUUUCACUGGGGUUGAUGGACGAAGAGAGCGUAGUGCAUAAAUGUGGGUGGAAUUGGAUAGGAAAUUAAAGAUCUCAAGGCAGUUUAGAGGAAUAAAUUAAUUGUCAUGAGUAGCCAUGCAAUCGUGCAGAGAGCAUCCAUACCACAUUCAGAACGACCCCAUGAAUUCGAAUUAGGACUUUCUUGCUACAAGUCAACAUUCCUAACAACUAUGCUACCAUGCAGCCCUCCAGUCUGUUCCACUGGAUUUUAUUUAGGAGAACUGGAGUAAAUGGGGGCUGAUGACAUACUCACAUCACACUUGUUAGAUUUGUUUUAGAAGCUAUGUAAGUUCUAUUUUACAAUUAUGUUCAUACUCAUUAGUCAUUGCCAAAAUAUGACUUACACAAUUAUGCUAUGAGGCUAAUGAUAAAAAAACAAAACACAUUGAGUUUGUGGUUGUAAUGUGCUAAAUGUAAACAGAGCGAAGGGUGUGAAUACAAGGCACUGUUAAGUGGGAUUUGUGCCUGCUGGGGUUUUGGUCUCAGAAGUAGUCAACAUGUGAUUGGACUCUCAUAAUGAACCACCUGGAAGACCUGUUCCAGUCAUGUUUUUAAUGGAGACAGUAGGAGAUUAAUAUCUGUUUUUGAGAGAAAGCAUUUGGCUUAACACUGGAAAUAAUUCAUUUAAUGGACUGUAUGCAGAGCUGAUUGCAGGAGUUAAAAAGAUUGACCUCAUAAAAAACCCAACUGUGAAUAAAUUAGGUUUACGUUUCUUAUACUUUUUCUUUUAAAGCAUGUUAAUCUUUUUAAAACAGUUUCUAGUUGGCAAAUGGAAAAACAAUUUUCUUCAUAGACUUUUGUGAAAGGAAUUUCAUAAAAUGGUUUUCUGAAGGUUUGUUUCACAUUGUAUGUUUGUCUGACAUUCUAAUAUUAAGCAAAUAAAUAGUUUCAAAUAUGACUGGCAGAACUGUAAACACAUUGGGAAAAAACUUGGAUGUGGUUCUUGUGUGUUGUUUAGAAUGGUGGUUCCCAAACUCUGGAUCGGAGCCCCACCUAAGGUCUCAAAUCAACAAGAUAAUGAAAGAAAAAGAAAACUGAUGUAGAAAAGGUUGUGGGAAACACUAGUUUAUAACCUGUUUUGUAACACAGUUACCACUAAUUGAUGAUGACCAUAGAUUUUGAAAUGUUUUUGAGUAAAAUAAGCUUGAAAGGA